AUGAAGCAAAUACGUACCAAUGCUUUAAGAACAAAUCAAACAGUCCCUGAUUCAAUGAUAACGAAUAAUUCGUCUUCUGUCGAUCCAUCAGCUCUUAUGAAUCUUAUUGAAAAUCAACGUAUCACUAUAGCAUUUGAAAAGUGUCGAGCAGCCUAUUCCGCAAAAUAUUUUGUUAUGUCUGUUGAAUCAAUUGGCAACAAAACUGGAUGGAGAAACGGAUCUCAAAUUUAG